UGGGUGUCACGCUGAAGUCUCGUGAGAGGUAGACGGAGGGGAAGGAUGGAAGGGGCGAAGGAUGCCGGCGGCGAUCGCUCGGCCAUUACCGUACAGGUCAAGUUCUGCGGCCGGACGCUGCCCGUCUCCCUCCCUAUGGACGCCACGGUUGCCGAUCUCAAAUCGUUGCUGCAGCCCGUGACCAACGUCCUCACUCGCGGCCAAACCCUAAUCUGCAAAGGAAAGGUUCUUGCAGAUAAAGUGAGCUUGAAGUCAGUGCCAGUCACGAAUGGCUCCAAGGUUAUGUUGAUAGCUUCUCAAGGUCUUCAUCAAGGGGAUGGUCCCAUAACCAAAGAUGCUGCUACUCAAUCAAUCAGCCCAAGGAAGCUUAUUGAUACUAAACAAACUCAAGUUAGUCACACAAGGACAAAUGUUGAGAAAAGUCGGUCUGAAAGAUGGAAGUUGACUGGUGUUGUAGCUCUAUCAGAGUGUCAUUUGGAGGCAAUGCCUGAAGAAGUUUGGUCUUGUGGACAUUCUGUAAGAGUAUUGGACGUCAGCAACAACUUGAUUAGAGAUGUACCAACUAAAGUUGGUGAUUUGAAGUUGCUGAAUAAAUUGUUGCUGAAUGCAAAUAAUAUAACAGAUGAGAGCAUAAGCUGGGAGGGUCUAUCAUCUUUAAAGUCUUUGACUAUCUUAUCAUUAAGCCAUAACUAUUUAACUACGUUGCCAUCUGCAGUGGGUACCUUGACUUCUCUUUGCCAACUUCAUAUUGCAAAUAACAAGAUAACAAGCUUACCUGAUGAAUUAGGAUUGCUCAAUCAACUUCAAAUUCUGAAGGUGGCCAACAACAGGUUGAGCUCCAUGCCUUCAUCUAUAGGAAAUUGUCGAGCCCUGGUUGAGAUUGAUUUAUCAUGUAAUCUACUAGUUGAUCUGCCAGAGACAGUUGGGAAUUUGCAAGAUUUAAAGGCUUUGAUUCUUAGAAACAAUGGUCUUAAAUCCCUUCCUCCAACAUUAUUUAAAAUGUGUUAUCAGCUGUCGACGCUUGAUCUUCAUGGCACAGAAAUUACAAAUGACUUUCUUCGCCAGAUUGAAGGAUGGGAAGAUUUUGAUGAACGAAGGCGGUCAAAGCAUCAGAAACAACUUGAUUUCCGUGUGGGAUCCUCAGGAGUGUUUGACGAGGGUGCUGAUGAUGACAGGGCCCUUAAAUAGGGUUAAUUGCUCUAGGUAUUAGAUUUGCUUAUUCCUUUUUCUUAUAAAGUUUAUCAGUUGCUCGUUGAUGAUUAUAUUUGCUAGUAGAGUUUAUGAUUGACUAGAAAACUUAUGAGAUAUACGUAUAUGAUUCCACAGCAGGUAUCUCUAUCAAUCUAUUUCUGGUCUGUUGUAAUGGUUUUACUGUAGCUUCGUGAUCUGUAAUGGUGGGAUAUCUAUUCAAAUAUUUUUUUUAUGUUAGCACGCA